AUGACCCGGUUUUGUGCUGCAAUUUUGGUUUAUUUCGGCGGUCAGUAUGAAACGAAUCAGUUGUGGCAUAUGAAACGAAUUAGUUGUGGCAUGUGUCAGUUUUUUUUGUGUAUUUUGGUGUUUCUAAUACGGAAAAGCGAAAUGAGCGAAGCUCUUCAACGACCUCAAUGCUCCAUUUGCUCGGAGUGGAUUAAACUGAGUGAAACUUCUGCACUCAGCUGUGGCCAUCUGUUUCACUCGUGCUGUAUUGUUAGCUGGAUUAAGACUUGGGGUAACUGUCCUGUAUGUCGGAAAAAAAUUAUAAAUGAGGACCAAAUUGUUCGGCAUUUAUUCUUUCAAGUGGACGAUAGCGAUUUCAGUGAUCAGGAUCAUCAAGUAUAUGCUUUACGGACUAAGCUCAACGAUCUUUUGGAAGAACUCAAAGCGUCCAAGGAUACGAAUAAGACUUUGAAGGCUGUUUAUGAAAAGCAAUGUGUUCGUUAUAAUCGACUUAAGCGUGAAUUGCAUAAACAGAGGAAAGCUACUAUUUUGAUGGAACAACAAGUCAUGCGUUUGGAAAAAAAGUAUUUGGAAAUCAUGCAUGGGUUCAAAAAGCUAGGUCUCAAACCUAAGAAAACCUGA